AAGACCUGGCAGGCGACACGACUUGCAUGCACCCGCAAUCCCCGCUCUUUCCGGCUCCACUCCUUCGUCCUCCUCGGAACCGCCCCUCCCGCUCCCACUCCCUCUCGCCUCGAUCUCCUCCCCACCCCACUCCACCAGGCGCACAAGUCACGCCAAUAAAAACCUCUCUUCAUGCGCCCACUUCCUGCUUGACCAGAGAUCACUCGUACACACGCGCGUGCUCUGCUCUGCUCCGCCGUACGUCCAUCGAUCCAUCGACCGGUCCGGCCACGUCAAUGGCGGACGCGGCCGGGAAGGCGCAGGCGGCCCGGGACGUGUGCGCGGCGUCGGCGGCCUUCGCGUCCUGCCCGCACCGCCGCCGCUCCCCGCGCCGCGCGCACUUCGUCGACUGGUACCUCGUCCUCGCCAUUGGCGAGGCCGCGUCGGAGGACGCCAUCAAGCGGCGCUACCGGCACCUCGCUCUGCAGCUGCACCCGGACAAGAACAGGCAUCCCAAGGCGGAGGUCGCCUUCAAGCUUGUCUCCGAGGCGCACGCGUGCCUGACGGACAAGGCGCGCCGGCGGGCCUUCGACGCCGAGCGGGCCACGGCCUUCUGCGCCGCGUGCCACGACCGUGCGAGGGCCGCCACCACGCCCUGCGCCCCCACCCGGCGCCGCGCCAGCGACAGGAGGACGCCGGCGCCGCCCUCACCGACGACGCAGGCGCUGCGGGAGGUGCAGAACCGGCUGCGGGACGAGUGCAGGGUCAUCGACGGCUGCCUGCGAGCCAACGCUGCCGGCGCGCGCAGGCGCCAGUCCUUCCCGCUCUUCGACCCGUCCGACCGGCAGCGCUUCCCGGACUACCCGCACGCCCGGCCCCCGCCGUCGUUCGCCGAGUGCCGGCCGUUCGAGGAGGAGGAGGAGCUCGGCGCGGGCCACGGCCACCAGAGCUGGUGCACAAACGGCAGCUGCGAGUCGCCGGUGUACCAGGUCAGGACCGCGCCGGAGCGCGCCGCGAGGACGAACCGCCCUUGGUGA